AUGGAAUCCAUUGUUGAUUAUCCGAAGACCAAAUUUGCGACUUCUUUAGACAUUCCUUUGAGGGAUUCAGAGGAAGUUGUGUCGAUUGAUUUGGAGAAUGAUUUGCCAGAAGAUCCAGCAGAUUUAAAAACGCUAUUAGUUGAGGAGAGGUCGGAUAAAGAGCACUGGUUAACCAUUGGAGUUGCUUACUGCAACCAUGGUAUGGUUGAAGCUGGUAUCAAGUUGAUAGAGAUGGCAUUUGAAGUACUGCAAGGUCCACAAUCAGCCUCAUUGUAUGGGUUUCUGACGUGGGCAUAUUUGAAAUUGGCUAAGUCCAAUAUAACUGAUUUUAGUUUACGAGAGCAACAUUUAAUUCAAGCAGAGCAGAACUUGAGGAGCGCUAUCGAGUAUGAUCCAUCGUGGGUCGGUAACAUGUUGGCAACUGUUGAUUUGUAUUACCAGAGAAAUUUUUACGAUAAAGCUUUGGAAACAGCUGAUAUUUUUAUCAAAAAGGGGCAAGAGGACGAUAAGAGGCAGGGAAAGCCUUCCAGGUUGAAUGUUUUGUUUCUAUUAAUGCGGGCUAAGCUGUUGUAUCAGAAGAAGAAUUAUGCGGCCUCUUUGAGAUUAUUUCAAGAGUUGUUGGUUUUGGACCCGACGUUAGACCCUGAUCCACGUAUUGGGAUUGGUUUAUGUUUCUGGCAAUUAAAGGACUCCUCAAUGGCUAUUAAAUCUUGGGAAAGGGCGUUACAGUUAAAUCACAAAAAUCGAACUGCUAGAAUCCUGGUUAUGUUGGGAAAUUUUCGUAAUGCUUUAACCGUUUCUGAAAAUGACCAACAGUUUGUAGACCAAUUUACAGACGUUUUAUCAGAUUUGAAAAAUAUAUUUGUUGAAAAUAGAGAAACCCCAGUGCUUCUAGUUCUUUUACAAUUCUAUUAUUACUUAACAGGUAAUUAUGACAAUGUGAUCGCCAUCUAUGAAAAGAAGAUAUCACAAUGGGCUCCGUUGGUAGCUAAUACUAUAUUAUCUGAUUCAGCUUUUUGGUGUGGUAGAGCUUAUUAUGCAAAAAGUGACUUUAGAAGGGCGUUUUCUAUGUUUCAAGAAUCAUUAAGGCGAAAUGAGGACAAUUUGUUAGCGAAGUUUGGUCUAGGUCAAUCUCAACUUCAGAACAAAUUAUUUGAAGAAAGUAUCCUGACAUUUGAAAACAUUUACAAGACUCAAGAAAGUAUUCAAGAACUUAAUUAUAUUUUGGGCUUGUUAUAUUCAGCGAAAUGUUUUGAUAAUCAAUUUUCUAAGCUUUCAGCCAAGGAAAAAUCUUCAUUGGUGGGGAAAUCUAUCAACUUUUUGGAAAAAUAUAUUAAGCUAACAACUGCAAAGAAAAAUCAACUAGUUGCCGUCAAGGCAUAUCUGGUACUGUCUGAACUUUAUGAGCUUCAAACGCAGUAUAAGCAAUCCCUUCAGUAUCUCUCAAAGGCUGUAGACCAAUGGAAAUAUUCGGGUUUAGAAGAUAUAUCUUUGGAAAUUUCAAAUAAUUUGGGCUGUUUCCAUUUCAUUAACGGAGACAUUAAAAGUGCUCGAAAAUACUUUCAAGAGGCCUUUGAUGCUAUUUCUAGCACUAACCAUAAAAACAUAUCUGAAACGACUGUGAAAUAUAACAUUGCUCGCGCAGCUGAAUCGGAAGAUCCUGAAAAGUCUAUGUCUUUAUAUCAACAAAUCCUAUCAGAACAUCCAGGUUAUGUGCAAGCGAAAAUUAGGUCUAUAUUUUUGAAAUAUCUGGAAGAUAAGGAAGAUAAAUUUGCGACGGAUUUAGAAGAACUGUUGGAACAAAAUGAUUCAGAUUUAGAAGUGCGUUCCUUCUACAGCUGGUAUCUCAAAAACGUAUCCAGAGAAAAGAACGAUGCAAAUGGAGAGGACAGGGAAACUAAACACAAUAGGGAAACUUUAACAAAGUAUGACUCACAUGACUUGUAUGCGUUGAUAUCCCUGGCUAAUCAAUAUGUUACUAUAGCUAGAGAUACUAAAAAAUCUUCAAGUCAAAAGGAACAAGAUAAAUCUAAGCAAUCUUUUCUAAAAGCUGUACAAUUGUUUCAAAAGGUUCUACAGAUAGACCCACUGAACAUAUUUGCAGCUCAAGGAUUGGCUAUCAUCUUUGCUGACAGCAAGAGGUUCGGCCAGGCCUUGGAAAUUCUGCGUAAGGUAAGGGAUUCUUUAGAUAACGAAGACGUUCAUCUAAAUCUAGCACAUUGUUUGUUGGAGAUGAAGGAUUUUGUAAAAUCAAUUGAAAACUAUGAGAUAACAUUGAGUCGGUUUGAAAAUAUUGGCCACAAAUCUACGGUAUUAAAUUUGCUCGCAUUUGCUUGGUAUUCUCGUGGAUUGAAAGAAAAAUCGUUAGCUUGUUUCCAGAAGGCUUUGCAAUACACCAAGGAAGCCUUGCAACUAGAAACUAAUACACCUGAGAGUAAGUUUGUUUACAGUUUGAUGUUCAAUGUCGCGUUCAUUGAAUUUCAAAUUGCAGAAGUUCUAAGAAGAGCAGGUCCAAGGGAUAGAACACUUGCACAACUAGAACAAUCUUUAGUCGAUCUAGAUGAAGCAGUUAAUCUCCUUAAGAAAUUUAGCAAUUCACACUCUGUUUUAGACUCCGGGGAGGAAAUUCAGCAGCGUAUUCAGCUAGGAGAAGGCACCAUGAAGGGAGCACUUGAACGUUGUAUAAAGGAGCAAAAGGAAUACGAAGAGAAGAAAGAUAUGAAACUUGCAAACGCUAAGAAGUUGAUGGAAGAAGAAGAACAGAGGGAAAGAGAACGGCUCAGGAAGCUCGAAGAAGAGGAAAGAAUUAAAAGGGAAAAACAAACUGAACAGUUCAAAAGGCUACAAGAGGAGGCUCAGAGGCUCAUGGAGGAGCGAGCAACCAUAGAAGACUUUAUGGAUGAUUCCAACCUACCGCCAAGUGACAGUGAAUUCGCCGAUGAGGAGGAAGGUGCAGAAAAGAAAACCAAGGCUAAGAAAAAGAAACCCACCAAGAGAGCCAAGAGAACAAAGACUACUACAGACGUUGAUGAAGAGAGCGUCCCCACCAAACGGAGAAGAAAAUCCAAAAAAGCUAUCGUUUCUGAUCCUGAAGAUGAAGACCUCGACGGGGCUCCAAAUGAAGACGAAAAACUAAAGCCUAACCGUGGCAAGAAAUCCGCCAUCUCCGAAGAAUUCGUCAACACAAGCGAUGAAGAGGAUUCAGCAGUCGAAACCGUCAAAUCCACUAAUAGCGACGUGGACCUCGACGCAGAGUCUGAUAACAUCAAAAAGGAGGAGAAGGGCGACCACCACCACCAAGAUGACGACGACGACAACAACAACGAACAAUACGACGAAUAA